CCACUCCCCCCUUCUCUCUCUCGCCUUGCCAAUCCGGUUCUUCCAUCCAGCCAGCCCAUGAUCCCCUCCGCCCCCGGCCGCCUCGCGCGUAUAUAAGCGGGCGCGCGGACCCCGACCGGCCGGGGACCGUGCGUUCCGAGCUGCUCGCCGUGCGGCCGUCUGCUUCCGUCCGGGGCGAUCGCGAUGGGGGACGACGAUGAUGCUUGCGAGGCGGCGCCGGCGCUGCAUGGCCGACGGCGGCGGGGUGCGGCUGCGGAAGGGGACCGCUGCGGAGGCGGCAGUUGGGUGUCUGGGAGCACGGCGGGGUCCGCGGCCGGGACGGUGUCUGGCGGAUCGUCGGCGACGACGUCGUCGCUCUUCUCGUCGACGUCGAGCCUCACCGACGAGGAGGAGGGCGGCGACGGCGCGACGUCGUCAUCCCGGCCGGAUCGUGACGUCUCCUCGUCGUCCUUGUCAUCCUUGACGUCGUCGGGGUCGGAAACGAUGCAGAUGGGCGGGGCCGCCGGGGGUCCGGCCGGGCCGCUCUACGCGCUGUCCACGAUGCUGGAGGAUCUUCCGGCUCUCAGAACAGGGCUGUCCAAGUACUACAAGGGAAGAUCCCAGUCCUUCACGUCGCUGGCCGAUGUUAGCUGUGUGGAGGAUCUCGCGAAGAAGACCGCCCCUUACACCAGAAGAAAGAAGCAGGCGCCCAGGUGCUACGCGGAAGUGCUGGGCGCGAAGAACCGGCUGUCAAAGACGAUAGCCAAAAAGGCGCCGAGGGGCAAGCCACCUGCAUACCAGGGCAAGAGAGAGAUGUACAGAUGCUAGGCCAUGGCAUAAAAAAUGUCGGCGGCUCAUGCCAAUGAAAUGAGAUGAGUACAGCACUGAGAACACGUUCAGUCGGCGACCUCCUUGUGUUCCCUCGUCAGUAGAGCUUUCUGAAAUCGUUUUAUUUGCCUCUCAUGUUCUGUGGUCACUGUCCAGUCUGUGUCUGCAUCCUUGAUUGGCUGAACUUAAAAGCAGAGUACAUUCUUGUCAAGCUUAA